AACAACCUCCUUUGUGGUGAAAUGGCUGAAGACUCUAGCAAUGGGUGGCAGUUGACUGAGUCGGACCCGGGCGUUUUCACUGAACUGCUUAAAACGCUCGGUGUACCUCUUAUUGUCGACGACCUUUACUCCCUUGAUUCCGAGUCUUUGGCUGCUCUUCAACCCAUCCAUGCGCUUAUCUUUCUAUUCAAAUGGAUUCCAACCUCUGGUGCCCCUACUUCAGCUCAAGGCGAAUUCGACCGUGACUUCGCUGGUUUUUUCGCUCACCAGGUCGUCAAUAAUGCCUGUGCAACAUUGGCCGUUAUGAAUGCUCUUGGAAAUAUUCCUUCGCUAACCACGGGCCCGCAACUCGGAGAACUGAUGUCUUUCACAACUGGAAUGGACCCACAAACUCGAGGCAUUGUUCUGACGAGCGCCGACUGGUUACGCGAGGCCCACAACUCUCUGUCUCCCCCCAGCGCGAUCUCCUUGGAUGGACUGGGUCUGCCUAAGACCUCAGAAGACGCGUAUCACUUCGUUGUCUACCUCCCAUCAAUGGGGGCGCUCUAUGAGUUGGAUGGCCUCAAAGAAUUUCCCGUCGUCCACGGAUCGUAUGAUGAGACUGGUGAAGGUUGGCUCAAAAAAGCUCGUGAAACCAUUGAAGCCCGAAUAGCGACGUAUCCGGCUGGUGCUCUCGAAUUCAGUCUUCUGGCGCUUAGAGACGAUCCGCUCCCUGUGUUAGAGGCCCAAUUGCGCCAACUACAAGCCGCAAACAAUCAUUCGGCCGCCGCUGAGACCGUGGUCAAAAUCUCCACCGAAAACUCCAAGCGCGAACGUUGGGCUUUCGAGAACAGCCUGCGCAAACAUAACCACGUUGGUCUGGUUCAUGCUCUUAUCGUCGCCUUGGCAAAGGCAGGAAAGCUAGAGAGUGCGAAAACGUCAGCAAAGUCGACGAUGAAAGAGAGAAUCGAGGCCCGGAAAGCCAAGGGUGCGGACCUCAUGGACGAUUGA